CAAGAGGCUCUUCCUUCCCCGCUCCGCCCUUACACGGUGGUUCGCCAAUCCGGGUGUAGAGCCAAUCAGACUCUAUUUCCCAGAAGGCCUUGCGGCCUGAGGCGCUCUGAAGUCCUCAGCGUCUUGGCGGCAGUUGGUGGAGUCGGAGCUCUCACCUCACUUCGACCCUAUUCCUGAGGAGAGCGGCGCCAGCCCGAGCCCUGUCUCGGAUUGGGUGUCCGCCGAGGUCGGCACGCCUCUUCCUGUGGCUCUGUGAGGCUCUCGUCAGGACUGCCGACGCCUUGUCGCCAUGGCGCCCACUAUCCAGACCCAGGCCCAGCGCGAGGACGGCCACAGGCCCAAUUCUCACCGCACUCUGCCUGAGAGGUCUGGAGUGGUCUGCCGAGUCAAGUACUGCAAUAGCCUUCCUGACAUCCCCUUCGACCCCAAGUUCAUCACCUAUCCCUUUGACCAGAACAGGUUCGUCCAGUACAAAGCGACUUCCUUGGAAAAACAGCACAAACAUGAUCUCCUGACUGAGCCAGACCUGGGAGUUACCAUUGACCUCAUCAACCCUGACACCUACCGCAUUGACCCCAAUGUACUCCUAGAUCCAGCUGAUGAGAAGCUUUUAGAAGAGGAGAUCCAGGCCCCAACCAGCUCCAAGAGAUCCCAGCAGCAUGCGAAGGUGGUGCCAUGGAUGCGGAAGACAGAGUAUAUCUCCACGGAGUUCAAUCGUUACGGCAUUUCCAAUGAGAAGCCUGAGGUCAAGAUUGGGGUGUCUGUGAAGCAGCAGUUCACUGAGGAAGAAAUAUACAAAGACAGGGACAGCCAGAUCACAGCUAUUGAGAAGACUUUUGAGGAUGCCCAGAAAUCUAUCUCCCAGCAUUACAGCAAGCCUCGAGUGACACCAGUGGAGGUCAUGCCUGUCUUUCCAGAUUUUAAGAUGUGGAUCAACCCAUGUGCUCAGGUGAUCUUUGAUUCAGACCCAGCCCCAAAGGACACGAGUGGUGCAGCUGCAUUGGAGAUGAUGUCUCAGGCCAUGAUCAGGGGCAUGAUGGAUGAGGAAGGGAACCAGUUUGUGGCUUACUUCCUGCCUGUCGAAGAAACACUGAAGAAACGAAAACGGGACCAGGAGGAGGAGAUGGAUUAUGCGCCAGAUGAUGUGUAUGACUACAAGAUUGCUCGUGAGUACAAUUGGAAUGUGAAGAACAAGGCCAGUAAGGGCUACGAGGAAAACUACUUCUUCAUCUUCCGAGAGGGGGAUGGGGUUUACUACAAUGAAUUGGAGACCAGGGUCCGCCUCAGUAAGCGCCGGGCCAAGGCUGGGGUUCAGUCUGGUACCAAUGCCCUGCUUGUGGUCAAACAUCGGGACAUGAAUGAGAAGGAGUUAGAAGCCCAGGAGGCACGGAAGGCCCAGCUGGAGAACCACGAACCAGAGGAGGAAGAAGAGGAGGAAAUGGAGACAGAAGAGAAAGAAGCUGGGGGCUCAGAUGAGGAACGAGAGAAGGGCAGCAGCAGUGAGAAGGAAGGCAGCGAGGAUGAGCACUCGGGCAGUGAGAGUGAACGAGAGGAGGGUGACAGAGAUGAGGCCAGUGACAAGAGCGGCAGCGGCGAGGAUGAAAGCAGUGAGGAUGAGGCACGGGCUGCCAGGGACAAAGAGGAGAUCUUCGGCAGUGAUGCUGAUUCGGAGGAUGACGCUGACUCUGACGAUGAGGACAGAGGACGGGCCCGAGGCAGUGACAAUGAUUCAGACAGUGGCAGUGAUGGGGGUGGCCAGCGGAGCCGGAGCCACAGCCGGAGCGCCAGUCCCUUCCCCAGUGGCAGCGAGCAUUCUGCUCAGGAGGAUGGCAGUGAAGCUGCAGCUUCAGAUUCCAGUGAAGCUGACAGUGACAGUGACUGAGUCCCAGGGCCUUCAGGGCUGGUGCAGGUACAGUUACUACGCGCAGGAAGGCACUUUUCAAGUGGUCUAUUUGCAAGCUUUCUGCUUUGUUUCUCUCUCCUCCUCCAAACCUUUGCUGUUUAAUAAAGCCACCUUCCUUUA